AUGCCCGAAUUUGAAACUUUGAUCAAUCCGCCUCAAGAAGUUUUUGAAGAAAUCAUCACACUCAGCGGCGAAUCGGACAACUGGUCAGUUCAACUGGGAGACUACGAAUACCGAACAAAGGUUUAUGAUCAGUAUUGGUUGUUUGUGACUGUGGAGAAAGAAUCCAAUGAUGUUGUUUCUUCCAUAACUCUGGCUCGUUGGGAUGCUGAGGAUGGUCCUCUCUACUCAAUUGGUCUGUAUUAUUGUGCACCGAGGUAUCGUGGUCAUGGGCACGCGAGACCGCUUUUCAAGAGAGUUAUGGAUAUCAUUGGAGAUAACAAUGCGUUCCUUGCAGGAAAUUACAAAAUGACUGAAAAAUACGCCAUGGAUUACGGAUUUGAUAAAACUCCCAAUCACUGGCAUAUGUGUAGCACUAUCAAGUGUGCCGAUGUGAGAAUUCCAGAUACUGUAUCUGAAAAUUAUGAAACGAAAAAAUGGUCUGAUGUAAACUGUAUUCGGUUAACUGAAUAUGAUCGUAGUAUUUGCGAUAGAGAGCGAAGGAAAAUUAUGACGAGUUGGAUGGUCAUGAGAAACACUUUUGGAAGGGUUGUAUUUGAUAAAUAUUCUGGAAAAAUCGUUGGCUAUGGUGUCUUCCGUAUUGUUACUAGGAACAAGCUGAGCCCCGCCCCUUUUUAUGCAGACAACUUGGAAGCUGCUGAAGUGCUUCUGAAGGAUAUUCUGAAUAUGAUACCACAAUGGCAAAGCUAUGCGAGUUUCAGCUUGAUGUACGCAGAGUGCAAUCAAGAUGCUUUGAGACUUCUUGAGCAUUUCGCCAAAGACAAGGACUCGAUCUCAACGUGCCGACUAUACAGAAGUCAAUUCACCAAAAAAUUCAUCGCGACGCCGAGUGAGAAGGUUUAUGCACCAGUAGAGUGUGCUCAUCAGUUUGUAUAA